ACAACAACCCCCCACCAAUCCCCCACCAACCCUGCUCACGCGUUGCAAUUCCUUUUCAUCUAUGAAUCGCAUGAGUGACUAGCCAGCUCCCUGGUUUGAGGACGCGUCCUUAGCGGAUACACUGGCGAAAUGUGCCGCGCCCUGCCAAGAGAGUGGCGCCUAUGCGAUGGCGCACCCUGAGGAGAAGGUCUCUGCAGCCUACGUAGCGGCUUUUGCGGUCUGGGCAACCGGUGACAUGAAGGCUGCUUUUGUUCUGGGUGCUGAGGCUGAGUUCGAGCAAAACCAGGCGCAGGAAGCCCAAGCCUCGGAUCAUGCAACGGAAGAUGCGACAAGCGAACCCACACCUGAUGACGAGGCGGACGACGAGUUGGACAAGAGCGCGGAGGAGGAGGAGGAGGAGGAGGAGGAGGAGGAGGAACCGAAACACAAGAAGGUAUGGCAGUAUUCCGACCAGUGGUUGUAGACGAAGAUCCUAGAGCCUCCUCAUGUACCGCCUCAUCCGAAAAUCAAAGCAUAGAGCGGUGGAAUGACCAAGCACGUUUAGUCGCCCCGAAUCUAUAUUCCGGUAAACUAUACAACGGAAGAUUUGAAGCUUCGAAUGUCGUCGAACUUUGGCUUGUACGCGGGGCUCGAUG